GUAUAAGGAAGUAGGCGAGAAGGGUGUCACGUGGGUGAAGCAUGGGAGCCACUGGAAAAAUCAACCGGCCGCGGACGGAGCUACAGAAAAACCUUUUCAAAAGGCGCCGCGUCCUUAGCAAGCAGAAGAGAAAGAAGCACCGGAUUGUAGGUGCUGUAGUGGAUGAGGGGCUGAUCACCAUUCAUCACCUAAAGAAACGUAGUUCUAGCUCCCGAGCGAACAUUACCCUCUCUGGGAAAAAGAAAAGGAAACUGCUGAAGCAAAUCCGCCAUUCCACAAAGGAGAAGACAGAAAUGCAGGUUGACCUUUCUCCAGGUCCAAAUAAAAAUGCCCAGAGUGGCAAGCGGAAGAAGAAGAAGAAGAAUGGGGGGGAAACAGCUGGCCCAGAUGUAGAGAUGGCAGAAGUGGAGCCUGCAGCAGAACUGGGGAGCUCAGAUCUUCCUUUGCAGUCUUAAAGCUCAGUCUCUUCACUCUCUUUUGUUGCCUGCUGGCAGAACUCUGGGGUUAGUGGCAAGGGCCAUGGCAGCAAAACCAGGAAAGUCAUAAGGAUUUGGCCUUGAAGCUCUUUAACCCCAUGGACUUUGAUGUGGCUAGAUUUCUGUUAAAAACACACAUAGUCUUGAGAGGUUUGCUGGACAGGCUGCAACUGUCAUGUUCCUUUGGAUCUCCGGAUAUUGUUGUACUACAA